UAAUGGCCGGGCUGUUCAGCUCGAAGCACCCAAGCAUACGCUAGGCCUGAAAUCUGGCUCUCCUCCGCCCUUCUUCUUCUUCACUCGUGCGAGUACUAUCCCCAUGGCUUCUCUGUGGAGCCACCCGAACUCGACCAUCAGCAUCAAUCUCUCGCUGCGGAGACGAGUGAGUCUUCAAUUCCGUUCGCUGCAUCGCCCUUCUUCCACCAUUCCCCCUCGCUCCGUUUCUUCUCGAUGUCUUCCUGCUCUGACAACCUACGGUUCCCCUCAAAUUAUAAACUUGAGGUGCAUACACCCAUUCCCCAAGAGCUCCAGUUUCGUUAGGGUCAGGUUCUCUCCAACCAUAUGCCGUUUCGCCGCCGUCCUGUCGGCCACUGCCAUCGCGUCCGAGACCAUUGUAAAACAAGAUGUAGAAUCAACUUAUAAAGGUACAAAUAAAGGGCGUAUCUACCAAGAGACGUAUGGGUGUCAGAUGAAUGUUAACGAUAUGGAAAUCGUGCUAUCGAUCAUGAAGAAAGACGGGUAUACAGAUAUCGUUGAGGCCCCGGAGAAUGCAGAGAUCAUCUUCAUCAACACAUGUGCCAUCAGAAACAAUGCCGAACAAAAGGUAUGGCAGAGAAUCAACUACUUCUGGUUUCUGAAAAGAGAAUGGAAGGCUAAUGUCGCUACUGGAAGGUGUACCUCCGUGCAUCCUCCAAAAGUCAUUGUUUUGGGGUGUAUGGCUGAGAGGUUAAAGGAUAAAAUACUCGAUGCUGACAAAAUGGUUGAUGUGGUCUGCGGACCCGAUGCAUAUAGAGAUUUACCUCGUUUGUUGGAAGAGGUCGAAUAUGGUCAGAAGGGAAUAAACACAUUACUUUCCCUUGAGGAAACUUAUGCUGAUAUUAGUCCUGUAAGAAUCUCAAACAACCCUAUUUCAGCUUUUGUAUCGAUAAUGAGAGGAUGCAAUAAUAUGUGCUCAUUUUGUAUUGUUCCAUUCACAAGAGGAAGGGAGCGAUCUCGUCCUGUAGAAUCAGUUCUGAGAGAGGUGGGUGAGUUACAGGAAAAAGGAGUGAAGGAAGUAAUGCUUCUUGGACAGAAUGUAAACAGCUACAAUGAUCUUUCUGGGGUAACAAAUGUUGAAUCAGGAUCUAAUUGGGAAUUAAGUGAAGGAUUCUCAAAUAAUUGCAAAGUUAGGAAGAAGGGUUUACGUUUUUCUGAUCUCUUGGAUCAACUAUCAAUGAAAUUUCCUGAGAUGCGCUUCAGAUUUACGUCUCCCCACCCAAAGGAUUUUCCUGAUGAGUUAUUAUAUCUAAUGAGGGAUAGAUAUAAUAUAUGCAGAAGUAUUCAUCUACCGGCUCAAACAGGGAGCACGACUGUACUCCAGAGAAUGCGACGAGGCUAUACCAGGGAAGCGUAUCUGGAACUCGUGAAAAGAAUACGUUCAGUUAUUCCCGAUGUGGGGAUAAGUAGUGAUUUUAUAUGUGGUUUCUGCGGCGAAACUGAAGAGGAGCAUGCGGAUACCCUGAGCCUCAUGAAGACCGUUGGGUAUGAUAAUGCCUACAUGUUCGCCUACAGCCUGAGAGAGAAAACUCACGCUCACCGGAACUAUGUCGACGACGUGCCGGAGAACAUUAAGCAAAGGCGACUCGCCGAGAUCAUCGAAGUCUUCAGGGAGGCCAAAGGGCGGUGCUUGGACUCGCAGAUCGGAACCACUCAGCUUGUUCUGGUGGAAGGACCUAAUAAGAGGCAUCCUGAAACAGAAUUAACGGGAAAGAGAGAUAGAGGACACGUGCGCCUCUCAGGCAUUCCUUGGGCUGAUGGUGAAAUAAGGAAGCCAGUCCCCGGAGAUUUCGUCCAAGUUCGAAUUUUGAAGUCGACGCAGGGAUCGUUGGCGGGAGAGGCGCUGGGGAGGACGAGCUUGAGUGGAUUCUAUGCAACUGCUUCGUCUUCAUGUUUGUCUGAGUGUAUGGAUUGUGGAUUGGAAGUUGCUGCUGUUUAGCUUUUGCUCUUAUAGGUUGCGGGAGGGCUUGAAGGUGAUGAGUUAACGGUUUGAUUUUGUGGUUGUGUUUUCAGUAUUGUGGAGCAUUGGAUCUGUGUUCAAGUUUUGUGGAAAUUACUGCAAGGAAUAGAAAAUGAAAAAAGAUGAAUGUUUUCUAUUUUUUUCUUAAAAAACUUUUCCUUGUUGAUGAGUGGUGAGCAGAAUUUGAUGGGGGUGAGAAUUGAGAAUUCUGAGUGUUAAUGGAACAAG